AUGGCAGCGAUGCGCAACUCAACGCUCCUCUCCUCGCGCCUUCUGCGCCCCUUCACCAUCAGCAAAACCUGCAUCCGCUGCUUUCACAAAAACACGACGAAUCCCACGCCCGUCCCCGCACCGACGCCCUUCGUCCCAAACGUCGAGACCUUCCUCACGCUGAUCGGACGCGGCAUGUCCAAGCACGCCAGCAAGCUGCCCUCGUGGGAGAAGCUCUUCACGCUCAGCUCGAGCGAGCUCCGCGAUCUGGGUAUCGAGCCCGCCCGCCAACGGCGGUACCUGCUGCGGAAGCGCGAGAAGUUCCGGCAGGGGGCGUACGGGCCGGGCGGCGAUCUCGAGCAUGUGGUGGACGGGGCGGCGCAGCUGCGCGUGGUGGAGGUGCCGUUGGACUCGGCGGGCCAGAGCAGCGAGACGGCGCCUGCGUCGGCCACGCUGUCGCCCGGCAUGCGUAAGGUCGUCGUGAACCUCCCGCCUGAUGCGACCGCGUAUACGCACGACCCGUCGAAACCGCUCAAGAAAUUCGCGCACAUGAAGGUUCACAAUGGGUCGAUGGUACGGGGUCCGUUUUUGCAGCCGUUGAAAGGGACCAAUGGCAGUGCGGCUGUCAUCAAGAUCCAGGAGGGCAUGUGGGAGGACAAGUUGGGGCACAAGGUUGAUGGCGGAGAGAGGAGACGCGCUGAAGUCCGGGCGAAGAAGCGGAGCGAGGAGAGGAAGAAGGGGACUGCAUGA